GUGGAACAUUACUCAAGAGGAGGACUGGUGCUCUAGAAGGUAUGGAAACAUUUAUCUGAAAGGAUAUACCUGACAUGAAAAUGUACUUAGCUUAUAAAACGGAAUACUGAGAGAUACCAUGGGAUUUAUUCUACGAGAGGAUUAAAAAGAUAACUGUUGAUAUUACAAACAUAUAUGUAUCGAAGUUUUUUUUUUUUUUUUUUUUUUUUUUUUUUUAAAUUUCAGGGCAAUUUUUUUUUUUAGGUGGACAAAUAUCGAACACAAGUAUUGGACACCUUAAUGAAGCAAAAUGCUGAAAGAAAAAGUAGGACCCCUUUUAUACACGUUACAUUUUGAAUAUUUCACAUGCCUUGAAUUUACAGUAGAAAGAUUUUUAAAUGCAGAUGCUUACUAGACGUACAACAUCCUGCUCAGAACGCAACACACUUGCAUAAAGAAAGACAUCAAGAAAAAAACGCAUUUUUUUUUUUUUAAUUUUAACAGAUUACAGUCGAGCUACACAUUCAGAAAAAGAGAAGGAAAAGGAUAUACAACCAUGAUAAGCUACUGGUCAGCUUUUUGGAGACUGUGGUGGAGUUCGUGCUGUGUUUUCUAUGCUGUUGGAAGCAGUGCUUUAUUUGAUAGCAAUAACGACAUCCCUUCAAGUUUUAUUCAUAGGAGGUUGAGGACUCACGAAAAGCGAGAGAUGCAGAAAGAGAUCCUCUCAAUCCUGGGGCUGCCACAUAGACCCAAACCGCAUCUGUCUUCUGGCAAGUACAAUUCCGCCCCGCUGUUUAUGUUGGAUCUAUACAAUACCAUUUCAAACGAAGAGAAGAACGAAGUAGAGGGUUUUUUGGAUCAGUACAAAUCCAUCUUCACGACACAAAGUCCACCUCUUGCCAGUUUACAAGAUAGUGCCUUCUUAAACGAUGCUGAUUUGGUGAUGAGCUUCGUUAACUUGGUGGAGUACGACAGAGAGUUCUCACCUCGCCGGAGGCAUCACAAGGAGUUUAAAUUCAACCUGUCUCAGAUUCCAGAUGGGGAGGCUGUCACAGCCUCUGAGUUUCGCAUCUACAAGGACUGUGUUAGCAAUGCCUUCAAAAAUGAAACCUUCCUCAUCAACAUCUAUCAAGUGGUACAGGAACACAAGGGCAGAGAGGCAGAUCUGUUUCUGCUGGACACACGGACGCUGUGGGCUACAGAUGAGGGUUGGCUGGAGUUCGAUAUCACUGCCACCAGUAACCUUUGGGUGAUGAACCCCAGGCACAAUUUAGGCCUUCAACUCAGUGUGGAGACCAGCAAUGGCAACAGCAUUAACCCUAAGGAGGCAGGUUUGAUUGGGCGAGAUGGCCCUCAUGACAAACAACCUUUCAUGGUGGCAUUCUUCAAGGUGAGCGAGGUUCACAUCCGGACAACCCGCUCAGCACCUAACAAGCGCAGGCAACAGAGCCGAAACAGAUCCGCUCAGCCACAGGACAUGCCCAGGACCCCAAACAUGUCAGAUUACAAUAGCAGUGAGCAGAAGACAGCUUGUAAAAAGCAUGAGUUGUAUGUCAGUUUCCGAGAACUUGGGUGGCAGGAUUGGAUCAUUGCACCAGAAGGAUAUGCAGCAAACUACUGUGCUGGAGAAUGCUCAUUUCCCCUCAAUGCACAUAUGAAUGCCACAAACCAUGCAAUUGUGCAGACACUGGUCCACCUCAUGAAUCCAGAGAAUGUCCCAAAGCCUUGCUGCGCACCCACCAAACUAAAUGCCAUUUCUGUCCUCUAUUUUGACGAUAAUUCAAAUGUGAUUCUGAAGAAAUACAAGAACAUGGUAGUCAGAGCUUGUGGGUGUCAUUGACAAAGAAGCCAGUUAGGAGCUCAUUGGAAUUGUACCAAAUGUUGUUUAACCAAUGUAACCUACUGCAGCGCUGCUUUGGGGAAAACAUGCUUUAUCUACGUUACCCUUUAAUUAUACAGGGGUAGUAUGGGCCACUAACUGGGAUGACUGACAGUUUUUCAUAUAUUUCUUCUUGACAGAAAAAUGAAAGCCCACAUACAGAUCCUGAUAUUCUAAAAGACUGCAUAAUUCCAAAUAAGUUACAGUACUGGAAUGGUCCAGAUAGAAUGAUCAUCAACUGCAACAAUGGUUAUCACCUAAAUUUACAACUAAGUGGUGAAAUAAAUAUUACUAUGUUACUUUUUGCCAAAGUUGUAAUUUUAAUGUUUUCAGCCAAGCUGUCUAAUGUUUGGAUUUAUUAUAAUUUACUUGUUAUAUUCAUCCUCAGACAAUAAGAAAAAUACUAUUGAUAUUCUACUCGGCUAACAUUUUGGAAUUUUCACCUCUUGCAAAGAAUGGCUUCUAACAUGCACGUACUGUUCUACAACUGGCUGUUAUUUUAAAAGAGGGUCUCUGGGUUUGGUACAAAUAUUCCAGUACAAGAAUAAAAGCAUUUUUAAAAAAAGUAUUUACUGAGAUACAAACACACACUAAACCACUGUCACUUAGUCAGCAGGAAUCUAUUUUAUAUCUUCUCAUUUACAGGCCAUAUUCACAAAGAACGUAAUACUAUGCUAAGCUUGCACCAUUCUUAGGCGCAACUAAGGUGUGUGUGUAGGAGCCCUUAAAUGAACCUCCCGACUUACUUAUUUGAAGCUUUUAAACAUCCACAUUCACUUUGCUUUUAGACAAGAUUUUAGUUAUGCACAACAGUGCUGUCUUAAAAGCAGUGGGUUUAUAUUAGCAAAUACCAUAUAUUGUUUUCAGAAACUAAUAUAGUCCAAAAUCUCUUGAACAUUAUAGUUAUACAUUAUAUAUGAGGUACACCACAUAUUGAUUACUUUAACAGUAUUCUACUCCUAUACAUUUACCAUAAUCAUAUAUAUAUUUUUAACUUUGAAUACAUUUUUUUACCACUUUGUGAUUACUCUAUAAGUGCAUCACAAGCAACAAUGACAUCAUUGGGUCUGAAUGCAAUUGUUCAUUGAGAACUUCGGGCAACAGCCAACAAUCCAGUGACAAUUUCAAUGUAAUUUGUGUAUUGUUUCACAGACUAUAUAAGCCAGUGGUACUCAACUCUGGCCUGAAGAUCUAUUCCAGUCCUGGGCUUUAUUCCAACAAGUUCCUAAAUUAGUUAAUUGCCUCUUUGCAGCUUCAAUUAACCUGAUUGGCGUAAAAACCUGGACUGGAUUGGAUCUCUAGGGCCAGAGUGGAGUACCACCGAUACAGACCAUGAUGAAACAGAAAUCUCAGUGAAGUGAUGUUUACAUUUCAAUUCAUUUAUAUGUAAAUAGUUGUACAUGUUCUACUUAUUUAUUUCACUGACACA